AUGGCGGGCUCCAGCUCACGAUCUACCAACGCAUGCGAAACAUGCCGAAAACGCAAAGUAAAAUGUUCCGGUGAUAAACCUUGUCGUGCUUGUAUCAAACACAACUGGGAAUGCACUUUCGGUCAUUCCGGCCGCAGACGGUUUUCUGAAGCCCAAGUGAAACAUCUCUUGGAAAAAGUACGAACCUAUGAAGAGCAGCUGAGCUCAAACUCAACGGACCUGACCUCCGGGCCUGCAUUCGAGUCUCAAGUUAGAUCGCUUCUUGACAGGUCGCAUUCUAGUGACCGCAGCUUUCAUGGAUCUACUUCAAAUUUUCAAUAUCGGGCUGAUCGAUUACCUCAGUGGACGUCGGUCAAAGAGCUCGUUGACAAUGUUGCUGGAGUAACUUUCCCGUCUUUGGAGGAAUCACAGCACUUGCUUGAUCAAUUCCUUUUCUAUCUUGGCGUGAGCCAGCAUUUCUUUGACCCACGAUCUUUCUCGGACGAUCUUAUGUUGCUAUUUCAGAGCCCGGAGACAAGACAACAGCAGAUCAACUCUCCUUGGUUUACAGAAUAUCUUUUGGUCAUGGCCAUGGCAAAGCUCAUGGAUGUAAAACAUCCCACAUCACAGACACCUGGAACGGACUUGUUCGCUGAAGCCUUGAAGCGUCUUCCUCCGUUGCAUCAUAUGGGCGGGGAAGGUGUUGUCGCCGUCGAGAUACUGACUCUGAUUGCUACAUAUCUACAGUGGUGUGACCGUAAACACGAUGCAUAUCUCUAUAUUGGACUCGCACUGCGGCUUGCCAUUGCUCUUGGGUGCAAUCUGCGGGAAGUCGACCAACGCUGCCUCCCUUCUCAAAGUGCCCACAGAUUAAGACUCUGGUGGACAGUGUACAUGCUCGACAGGCGCCUCUCUUCAGGUCUCGGGCUGGCUGCAGGGGCCGAUGAACGACAGCUACGCACUGAACUCCCGCGGAAUGCGAUGGGGUUCCAGUCACCAGUUGCCCUUGCCAUCAAUGUCCGUAUUGCGCGUGUCACUGAUGACAUAAUGUCAACUCUGUAUGGCAAUAAGUCAAUCACCCAACUGGAAUUGGUCCAAAAGAUCCAGGGAAUUCUCCAAGAACUGCAUGACACAGGCCGAUCAUUCCCUAAAUCUUUGGUGUUGGACUUCAAUCGACCUUUACAAUCGGCCAUCAUCCUAUGCACACGGCCAAUAUUACUUCAAAGAGCUCGGUUUGAAGCUCAGAGCCAACAGCAGUCGCGAUCUACUGAACCGGCGCCGAGUAUGCUGCUGCGUCUCUGUGAUACAUGUGACGAGGCAGCCACCAGAAGUCUCGCAAUACUUGAAUCACUUCGUCUCCAGCAAACCAUCCCCCGGUAUGGCUUUUUUGAUCUGGACGCAACAUUCUCCGCUGCAUUUGUUCUGGUCAUGGUGGGCUUCUUGGACAAAUCACAGAGUCAACCACCGCCAGCGCUUGAUCAAGCAUCAAAAGUACUUCGAUUUCUAUCAAAGUCUGGCAAUCUGGCUGCCGAGCGACGCCUGCAGGAUAUUGCACAAUCUUAUUCGCACGUUUGGCCGAAUCAUGUUUUCGAUGCAAAUACCUCGCACAGCGAUGCAGCUACCCAAGACACGACCCAGACAUUUACAAUAAGUCCAGGCUCAAGACAAGAUGCCUUGUUGGCUUCCUUAGAUCCUCCACCAUAUAUGACUGUAGCCUCAAGUGGCCGGGGUGACCAUCAAGAUGAAAUCAGGUUACUCGAGCCAUGGUCUAACAUGGAUGUCCCAGACGCAAUGUUUGAUAUGCAGGGAGACUGGAAUCUAGAUCUUUCCGGAGAAGCAGAAGGGAUUUAUUCUAGUUUCCAUAAUCCGACAUUACCACUGACCGGGGUUGACUACAUCGACUGGUUGGAGAUUGAGAAAGUAUUCAACGGUCCAUAG